AGAUCCAAAUAAUGCAAUCACUCACAGUGAGUCAUGCAAGUUUAAACAACAGUUCAAUAAUUAGUAUAUAUAGAGCCAAUGUAACCCACCAAACCACACAAACAAACAUCCUUAACUAUAGUUAUUGAGCAAAUUAACUAUGAAGCCUAUUCCACUAUCCCUCUGCUUCCUCUUCUUUGCUUUCAUCAGUACCAAACUCCCCACAGCUUUCUCAUCAAACGAUGUUGAGCAAGUGCUAGACGUAAACGGUGACUCCAUUUUCCCCGGUGGCAGAUACUACAUCAGGCCAGCUAUUCGCGGCCCACCCGGCGGAGGAGUAAGGCUAGGCAAGACAGGGGACUCAGACUGCCCUGUAACCGCCCUGCAAGAGUAUUCAGAAGUGAAGAACGGUAUUCCGGUGAGAUUCCGCAUUGCGGCGGAAGUAAGCACCGGCAUCAUCUUCACUGGUACCGAAUUGGAUAUCGAGUUCACAGUGAAACCUCACUGUGUUGAAUCUCCCAAGUGGAUUGUGUUUGUUGAUAAUGAGAUUGGAAAAGCGUGUGUGGGUAUUGGUGGAGCGAAAGACCAUCCAGGGAAACAGACAUUUAGUGGAACGUUUAACAUUCAGAAAAACAGUGCUGGGUUUGGAUAUAAGCUUGUUUUCUGUAUCAAGGGCUCUCCUACUUGUUUGGAUAUUGGGAGGUAUGAUAAUGGUGAGGGUGGAAGGCGUUUGAAUUUGACUGAGCAUGAGGCUUUUGAUCUUGUGUUCGUGCCUGUAGGUGUUGCUGACAGCGCUGGAAUUAGAUCUGUGGUUUGAUUUGAAUGAAUUCGUAGUUCUUGCUUACUUUUUUUUUUGAAAAGCCUAGUUCUUGUUUACUUUUUAUGCAUUAAAUUUUGUUGGCAGGUUAAUUGCUAACAAAAUUUCACAAUGUUUAAAAAGCUAUGAAUAAAUGGAAGAAGGUGAUUGUUGUGGGUGCUUGCUCUCGUACCCACAAUUACAAAUGAGUGUAGGUACAAGAGUGAUAUGUACAAAUAAUAUUAAGAUACUUAAGAUAAAUUUAUUUUGUGUUCUAA